GAACGCGCGGUGCGCAUGCGCGCGCAGGCGGGGACGAGGUGAGCGCUGAGGGAGCGAAGGGGGCGGGACCGGGACCGCGGGACCCGCACGGACAGCGGAACCGGGACCGGGACCGACCGCGGGACCUGCACGGACAGCGCGAUCCAAGGACGGGCUGUUGAGGAGGAAGGCUCUGGGACGGGCUCGGGACCGAGGGGCAGCCUGAGAGGCGGCGCCGGGAAGAUGGCGGCGUUCCCUGAGGGGGAGACCGGCCCUGAGGGGGUCCUGUGGCCGCGGCGACCCGAGUGAGGCUCCCCCAGGAGUCGGUCUCGAUUCUCACCCACACGGGAGGGCUUAAAUACCAAGUGAAUAAGGAUGUCAAUUGUCACGGUGCAGCUUGGGCAGUGUGGGAACCAGAUUGGGCAGGAGGUGUUCAGUGCUCUCUGCAGUGACAUCCGUGGCACCCAUGGGUUGUGUUCCAAGAAGGAGAAUGGAUCCUACCAAGAUUGCUGCAAGGAACGGUUCUUCUGCGAGGAGGAGUCUGCAGUACCUGUUGCCCGGGCUGUGCUUGUUGACAUGGAGCCCAAAGUGAUCAGCCAGACCUUAUCCAUGGCUGCCAGGUCUGGCCACUGGAAGUACAGCAGCCAGUCACACUUCUGCCAGAAGCAAGGAUCUGGGAACAACUGGGCCAACGGUUACUCUGUUCAUGGGCCCAGACACAAAGAAGCAAUCAUGAACCUGGUGCAGAAAGAAGCAGAGAAAUGUGAUCGGCUCGGGGGAUUUUUCACAAUCAUGAGCAUGGCUGGGGGCACAGGAUCAGGCCUGGGAGCAUUUGUGACCCAGUGUUUGAGAGAUGCUUUUCCAACCUCCUUCAUACUGAACCAUGUGGUCUGGCCCUAUGGCACUGGGGAGGUCAUUGUUCAAAACUACAACUCUGUUUUGACUCUGUCACAUCUGUACCACUCAUCAGAUGCCCUUCUUGUCCAUGAAAAUGAUGUCAUCCACAAGAUCUGUGCCCAGCUGAUGAAUAUCAAACAGAUUUCCUUCAGGGAUGUCAAUCAAGUCAUUGCCCACCAGCUGGGCAGUGUUUUCCAGCCCACUCACACAGCAGGAGGGGGCUCAGGCUACAGCAGGAACCCUUUAGGAGAGUUAAUGGAGUCGCUGGUGCCACAUCCCGAGUUCAGGAUGCUGGGCCUGAGGAACAUCCCCCAGAUGCCUGAGAGCUCCCUGCCCUACAGCACCUUCAGCUGGCCUGGCCUCAUCAAACACCUCAGGCAGAUGCUCAUUGCUAAUGCUCAAAUGGAGGAAGGUAUUGAUUGGCAAGUACGACCACCAUCCUCCAUCCCCUCCACAAACAAACCCCUGCACUUUAACACUUCCAUUGCCAACCUGGUUAUCCUGAGAGGAAAAGAUGUGCACGGCGUGGACUUGGGAAGUUUCCAAGAUCCCUCGUUAUACACAUCAUGGCUAAACCCUCAGGAUGCUUUCAAUGCAUGGAAAACUCCCAGAGCAUUUAACAAGUAUGAAAAGUCUGCUGCUUUGGUCAGCAACAGCCAGUUCCUGCUGAAACCUCUUGACAGCAUCGUAGGAAAAGCUUGGAAUAUGUUUGCUUCCAAAGCUUACCUUCACCAGUACGCAAAGUUUGGAAUCCAAGAGGAAGAUUUCCUGGACUGCUUCACAACCCUGGAACAAGUUAUCUCCAGUUACACCAAUCUGUGAUUUAUUUCUUUGUUAAGAUGGUCUGAAAUAGAGAUUUUCCAAGCUGGAAGAACCUUCCAUCAAGUAUGUAAAUUAUUGAGUGGAGUUAUUUUUCAGACUUAGGAGCAGAGUGUCUGUGUUUGUGAGCGUGUCUGAAUAGCAAGAACUGAAUCUGAACUGAAUAUAUUCAUAUAUUCAUAUUAUUCUUAUUUAAUAUAUCUAAUAAAUACCUAUUUUUCAAUACA